CUCGUACUUCAAAUUUCCCGAUCGAUCUGUAUUGCCCGCGACUCAACCACAAAGAUACUCGACCAUUCUCUCUCUCUUUUCUUUUUUUUUUUUUUUUUUUUUUUUUUUUAACGGGUUUCUACACUUUCCCUCUGCCGCACAUCGAUAAUCUUGUCGAUGCCACGGCUGGACACCAGCUAAUGUGCUUCAUGGACGCUUUCUCCGGCUACAACCAAAUACUCAUGCAACCCGAAGAUCAAGAGAAAACCUCUUUCAUGACGUCUCAGGUGAUCUACUUCUACAAGGUCAUGCCCGUCGGCCUGGAGAACGCCAGAUCGACAUAUCAGAGGUUGGUGAACAUGAUGUUCGCGGACCAAAUAGGAGAAACUAUGGAAGUCUACAUUGACGACAUGCUGGUGAAAUUCCUAGAGGCGGAGGACCACAUCUCGCACCUGUAACAGGCCUUUUCUACCCUCCGUAAAUACAAUAUUAAGCUCAACCCAGCUAAAUGCUCCUUCGGCGUCAGCUCUGGAAAAUUCUUAGGGUACAUUGUGACCCACCAGGGCAUCGAGGCUAAUCCAGACCAGAUCAGAGCUAUCCAUUCAAUUCCUUCUCCGAGGAGUAAAAGAAGUCCAUAAGCUAACUGGCAUAAUGGCGGCUAUAAGCAGAUUCAUCACCAGGCUCUCUGAUAAGUCUCACUCCUUCUUCAAACCCUCAAGAAGCCAAAGGAUUUCGAAUGGACCGAGAAGUGCGAAUCGGCUCUCCAUGAAUUCAAGGAUUAUCUUCCUACUCCCCCUCUCUUAUCUAAACCCUUGCUUGGCGAAGUCUUACUACUAUACCUCGCUGUCUCAGAACAUGCAGUUAGCACCGUCUUGGUUAGAGAAGAGGAAACCAAGAAACUACCAAUAUACUACGUGAGCAAAGCCCACCUAGACGCAGAAACCCGCUACAGUCACCUGGAGAAGUUGGCCCUGGCCCUAAUGGUCGCUGCUCGUAAAUUACAGCCUUACUUUCAGGCUCAUCCGGUGGUGGUCGUCACUUCCUUCCUUAUAAAGCUGGUCCUACAUAAGCAUGAGGUCUCCGGACGAUUGGUAAAGUGGGCAGUAGAGCUGGGAGAAUACGACAUAAUCUUCCGACCCGCUACGGCAAUUAAGUCCCAGGCCUUAGCAGACUUUGUGGCCGAAUUCUCUCCGGCUUUACUCCCGACCCGGAGAAGGCCGCUAGGUAUUGCCUCUGUCAGGGGAAGCUAUACCGCAGGUCGUUCUCUGGCCCAUAUCUGAGAUGCGUUACACCCGGUGAAGCGACCAAGAUCCUAGUGGAAUCACACGAGGGAGAUUGCGGGUCUCAUUCCAGCGGCAGGAGCCUAGUUCUGAGAGCCAAAAGAGCAGGUUAUUACUGGCCCACGAUGGCCGACGACGCUAACCAAAAAGCUGAACAUUGUGACAGAUGCCAAAGGCAUGCGCCUGUCUCCAGACUGGCUCCGUCAAAUCCAUAAGUUCGCCCUGGCCAUUCAGGAAAUAGGGCAUGGAUAUAGUAGGGAAGUUCCCCAUGUCGCCGGGGCAAAAGGUCUUCCUCCUGAUAGUGACAUACUACUUUUCAAAAUGGAUCGAGGCAGAAGCACUCAGCAGAAUAACCGAUCUCCAUAUCAGAAAGUUCAUAUGGACAAACAUAAUCACACGGUUCGGGGUUCCAGAAGAAAUUGUCGCUGACAACAGCCCCCAGUUUAUGAGCCACAAUUUCAAGGAGUUCUGCAAAGACUGGGGUAUCAGACUCUCCUUCGCUACGCCACGACACCCCUAGUCUAACAGGCAAGCAGAGUCUACAAAUAAAACAGUGGUAAACAUGCUGAAAAAGCGCUUGGAGGGUUCCAAGGGAAACUGGGCAGAGGAGCUGCACGGACUCCUCUGGGCCUAUCGGACCACCCACAAGACAGAAACCCAGGAAACCCCCUACGCGCUGGUAUACGGAGCAGAGGCUAUAAUCCCCACCGAAAUGCACGUAAAGACCACAGUCUUGGGGACUACCUCUCAGGAAGAAAACCACGAGCUAAUACCGCUAGGUCUCGAUCAACUCGACAAAAAGAGAGAAACUGCCAGUCUGAGAAAUUGGUCCUACCAGCAAGAAGUAGCCAAGACCUACAACAAGAAGGUCAGAACCAGAACCUUCCAGCAAGGCGACUGGGUCCUGCGACGAACAGAGAAAACAACUGGGAAACUCACCCCCGGAUGGGAAGGACCCUACAAGAUAAUAGAGGUACGGGGAGCAGGGGCAUACAGGCUUCAAGACGCCAAAGGUAAAAUACAACCCAAUUGCUGGAAUGCCCUACACCUUAAAGCUUAUCAUUUCUAACUAAGAUCACUAGAUCAUAUUCUCUAUAUCCAUUAUUUAAGCAUUAUGUUUUCCUAUACCUAUGUAUGCUGAAACGUCCCCGGACCAAAAGCUAAUAUAAUGAAAUAGUUCCAACUAUAAAAGAGUAGAAGGAAUGCCAUAAUACUUAAAGGGGCAAACAAGCUGGAUCAGGUCCAAGAGACCUUCGAUCCUGGCCAACCCUUAAUAACAAGUGGUACGACCACGAAAAAACAAAACAGGUAUGAGACAUAAGGUAGGAAUGGGUCUGCGCAAACCUGAGUAUGCCGUCAAUACUACUUAAAACCCCUGUAUAGCCUCAGGCAUAUCGGGGUCCCAAACAAAAAUACCAAAACUGUGAAAGUACUUGUAUUAAAACGCUACGUGCUAGAAUAAUACAGGAGACACGAGGUAUAAUUGUCAUUGAGCAAGUGCAAAAGUCCGGGAGUACCACAUAAUACUCUACUUCUCCAAACGUGGAAAGUAGCAAAGUCUGGCACUUGGGGUUUCACCCACACCAGCACCCUCUAAGUCUGGCUGGAAAAAGCAGCACGAGAACUCGAUAGUGACCAGCUUCUGAGUGGUAGAAUGCGAAAUCCAAACAUGUACCGGUAGUCGCCUCACCUAGGAUGGCAGAAUAUGGUCCCUUAAAAUUAAAACUGAAUACCCCCGGGUUAUUAAGAACUUUUGGGUCCCCAUGCAAUCUCCGGGUCCUGAAAAAAUUUCUUCAUGGCCUAGAAAAGGUAAACCUCCAGGUUCUUAUUAACCCCAGGCCCGACUACGAUCACAGGAUCCAAAGAAAAAAUCCUCCGGGUCCUCAAGAGACCUUCGGGCUAAGUUCUCAAUUCCAAACUUACGGGAAAAAAAGAAAUAGGGUUUGCAGGAAAAGAAAUUCAUUACAAAAGAGCAUCGUUCCAAAGAAGAAAUCAAGAAAGGCAACAAGAAGCCAUUUUAAAAAAAAACAGACUCGACAAAAAGCAACAAACAUCUUGAAAGGUGGGCUGGAUGAGACUUGAGACUCUGCAGCGGACCUCGAACCUAUUUGAGGGCACCCUCCAAAGUGAUGAUCCGAUCCUUUAGAACCAAGCAGAUGUCGACGAUAUUCUUCUUCAGGAUCCCAGCAUUCUGUCCUUCCUUCCAGCCAUUCCUUCAUAAGCUCCCAUCUAGCUGAUAGACCAUAUAUUUUACCCAUUUUUAAUCAUGGUCUAUAAAUGUUUUAAAGUGUUUUAAGAUACAAUUAUUAUGUUUUGGAAUCUAUUUAGAGUAUUUACAGGUUCAGGGACGUUUAGGAGAAAUAUGGUGAUUUUGGAGUCUUUUGGAGCCUUUGGAGGUGCAGAGUUGCACAGAUGCGUCAGAUGUUUAGCUAUGUAUAGAGACCAUCCGACCGUUAGAUUGAGCCCAUAUUUUUACACAAAAUAGAGCUUUUAGUUAUCUUUCCAAUGCCACCGGUCUCAGGUCAAUAAGCAUCAUGUAGCAGAAGUUAUGCCCGUUUUACUGAAGAGUGGUCAGUCUGCCUCGCGAGAGGAAGCUGCCGAGAAGAGGAAGCCACGUCGAUCGAUGCAGCACUCUGCACGUCGAUCGAUGGAGAUCCCAGAUCGUGGGCCUUGUAUAUUUUAUGACUGCGUGAAGCCCAGAAAUAACCACAAAUUACCAGAAUGCCCUUGGAUGACCAGAAACCCUAUUUAUGUUAUUUCUAAGCCAUUGUUGGCGGGGACGCUUUUUACAGGCUUUCUGUUUCAUUGUUUCUCUGAGAGGAGAGAAUGGAGGAACUCCUAUCAGAGUCCUCCUGGAACUCCUUUGGUUUUAUUUAUCUAUUUCAUUUCAGUUUUAUAUCUGUUCAUCUAUGAUUUCUGUUUUCAUGUCUGAGUAGAUCCACCUGUUAGAUCUAGGGUUCAUAUAGGUUUGUGGGAUUAGCCCCAAAUUAUAGAUCUGCCUUGUUGUGAUAUUCAUGAUAGAUCUAUACUUAUUGCUUGUUCUAGAGUAAUUAACUAGAAUAUUGAUCAUAGGAUUGCAUACACAAGCAUCCUUGUUAUCCCAUCCUGACAUCUAUCUAUCAUAUUAGGAUUGUUAGAGAGGGCUAACCGCCAAUUUAGCAUCCUAAUAGGGCAAAUUAUCUCGCGCAUAGGCCUGGCUAGAACCCGUCGAUCGAUGUCCUCAACUGACUAUCGGUCGACGUAGGUAAAGGUGUAUCGGUUGAUGUCCCAAUAGGGCCAUCGGUCGACACUCUUUCGUGAUCAAGAUACUAACCAUUGAGACACGAGAUCUAGCGAGUUAACCAGUGAAACAUGCGACAUCUGAUCACUGAGUUAAGCGGUUGAGCUCUAACAUAUCAUGCAUGAAACAAAUAGGUACCUAUAGGAAUUAUAAUCUCCAACACCUGAAUAGAAACCCUAGAUCUAGCAACCAUCCUUCCAUCGAACAACCCUUGCCAAGCUGAACAAUUGACUUGUUCAACUUGUUUACUGCUUUGUUUAUUUAAUUGCUAUUUUACUGCUUUAUAAUCUAUUAGCCUAGUUUAUUAUAAAUUAUUUAGAUCUAAUCGGUUCUCUAGCUCCUUGUGGAUUCGAUCUCUAAGUACUAUAACUCGACCUCUUUUGAUGAGAGUAACACUCUUUAGGGUAAUUUGAGUGAUAUCACUAGCCGAAGCUCUCACCUGCCCAAUCAAUAAGUCACGCUGAGCUGCCAUGUCUCGCACCCGGUUACGAAGAAGAAACAACUCAGUAAGAAGCCUCUGUCAAUCGCGGUCGGGAGUGGCCUAGUCCUAGCAGCUGGCGGUGUUACCCUAGUCAAACGAGGUGGGGGAGCAUAGAAAGGGCGUCUUCUUCGCACUCCAUCCUGCUGAUAAUCGUCAUAGAGGACAGAAACAGGGAGUCUCGCAAUAUUCCCUGGGGAGUAAAAAUGAAGAAAUUAGACCCUACCAAGACAGGAUUCUACUACAGAAAGGACCAAGAUGCAGAGAUUUACCCCAAAGACGACUGUGACGCAGGACCGCCUUGCUCAUCAGGAAGUGCCCUAAACGGAAACGUCGAGGAAUCGCCAACAUCAUUUUCGCCACGGCUUCCCCAAGAAAGGAUACCUGACGAGACACAUCUGAAAGCAAAAUCAGUUGUCAGUAGACCAAUAACUAAAGAAGGAAAAAGUGCCAGGAGCAAGGCUUACCAACAAUACGCCAAAAUGUAGGAUAAUGGAAGGGUUCCUAGAUCUUCAUAAACACGUACCGACUGGUCCAGUUGUCCCCAAAAGGGUAACUACCCCAGGUACCUCUUAAAGUUUCUUCAACCAAGGGAGCGCCGUCACGAGGCAGGAGGUGGUAGAACCCAGGCAUGAUCGUCAGAGGGGCGAAGUAGUAGGAGUAUAGAACUUUGUGUAUCCCGGUAUCAAGGCCAUAAAGCUCCCCGAGUACUUGGAUCGACAUUAAAGUCUUCCAGGAUGAAGGAGUAAGUGUGGGAACCGAAAUUCGCACUGUCAAUUUCUAUCUAAAUUAGGAAAUUAGGAAAAUCCUAAUUUCCCAGAGGUCCCGGAGAUCUGUUAAUACCACACGCUAAGCAAUCAGAACACGAUAUAUUAACGACAAAGUAUAAAAAUCGUGAGAAGAGAGCAAAGUAGAUCUUAUUCUGAAUCUGUCUUUGAGCGUUACAGCAAGGUAUAAGCCUGGGGUCGAGAGCUGUCGGCGAGAUUUCUAGUUCUAGCAACCCUAAGACGACUAAACCUAAUUGAGUCGCAGCUCGAAAUAACUAAACGAAAAUAUACCUAAAUUGCUCUAAGUGCUAAGUUUGCUCUGAAAAAGUUCUCUCUCUAUGCCUCUCGCCUAGGACUCCUUAUAUACUCGCUCCAAAGUCAGUUUACGCUUUUACUCUUCUGCCCUUAAGCCAUCAUAGCAAAAAAUGGAGAUAUUCCAUUUUUUCCGAUCUUCGUAAUUAUCAUCAAAAUUGCGUAUUUAUCCGCGGAAACUUGACAUUUAUCUUCGAUCCGUAAGUCUAAGAGGGAAGUAUCGAUCGACACCCUCCAAGGAGCAUCGAUCGACAGCAUACACCAUCAAUUGAUCGACACCAUUCAUCCGACGUCGAUCGACAAACGACAAGUAGCAGUGAUCGACAGAGCCAACAAAUCGUCAAACAACACUGUUCACCGAGGUACUAUUCGUCGAGGUACUGUUCAUCCAGGUACUGUUCAUCAUAAUACUAUUCAUUCUAGUACUGUUCAUUGCGAUACUAUUCAUCGCGACACUAUUUACCUACCGUCGAUCGACACUAUUCAAAUUCCGUCGAUCGAUACUAUUCAUGUCCCGUCGAUCGAUACUGUUCAUCCAAACACUGUUCACCUGAACACUGUUCAUCGCAAUACUAUUCAUCCUUACACUAUUUAUCUACCGUCGAUCGACACUGUUCAUAACGUGUCAGUCGAUAUUAUUCAUAUCCCGUCGAUCGACACUAUUCAUGUCCCAUCAAUUGACACUUUUCAUCCCGUGUCGGUCGACACUAUUCAUCUUUCGUCGAUCGACACUGUUCAUAUUAUGUCGCUCGACACUGUUCACCCGAACACUGUUCAUCGCGAUACUGUUCAUCCGAACACUGUUCAUCGUGACACUGUUCAUCGAAACACUAUUUAUCGCGGCAUUGUUCCUCCAAUGACGAGCACCACUUACGGAGAGACAGAGAAGGUCGAAGCGCUCAUACUUAAGAUCGACAAUAAAGGUAUUUGGCGAGACGAAAAAGGUCGUCCUUGCAGCCGCACAGGACAAUUGAUUAAUGCUGAGGGUAAUGAAAUCCCGGAUGUAAUUGCCGUUGCUGAGAUGAAUACCUUUGAUCUGACAAGCCAAUGGUAUAAUUGGGGAAGUGAGGAUCUUUUCCGAGGUCUUCCUCAUGAAAAUCACAUCGAAGAGCUUGAGGGUCUAGUUUCAAGGCGUAAGCAGAAACAAAUAUCUGAAGACCUCAUACUCUGCAAGAUUUUCCCUUAUACUAUCUCUGGAGAUGCUUUUAGCUGGUUCAGUAAGCUGCAGCCAAGAUCUCUAACCUGCUGGGAAGACAUCAAAGGCGCCUUCCUAGGUAAAUAUUUUAGCGAAGUUGUAGCAACUCGAAGUAAAAGGUUUGAUUACAUGGUGGACAAGAUGAUUGAAGAUCACGAGAAAGGAAUAAUCACUAGUCUUAGUCAGAUUAGUAUUAGUCAGUUAAUGGAUUUUUCCUAUAGCGAGCAAGAUGAAGAUUUUGAAAUCCCGACCACUCAUGUCAAGCAGCCAGACAUUCAGGUUCACCAUGCAGAUGAGAGUAAGCAGAAGGACGAACUAAACAGAGAAAAGCUGGUCAACCAUGAUACAGUUGAGGAUGAUGAAUAUCAUGUAUCAGGAGAGCAGAGCAAAGUAGAAGAAGCUGAUACAAAAGAUCCGACUUCAGCAUCGAUCGACAGUAGUAACUCAGAAUCGAUCGAUGUCCGCACUUCAGAAACGAUCGAUACAGAUAUUUGUCAUCAAUCGAUACCUUCUACAAUCCCUGAUGCUACCAUUGUGUAUGUUAGGACUGAACGACUGAAGGCAAUUAGAGACUAUAACAGUCCUGAGGAUGCCUAGGCUAAAAGGUCUGCAUUGCGUCGUUCAGCACUUCAGAAUACUGUCCUUGAGCUA